AUGGAGAAGCCUCACGUUGAGCAUAUUUCCAAUGGCGAGAAGUCAGACGACUCUCACGUGGUAGACAAAUUCCCACCUGAGGCUCGAGCUGAAGCUGGAGUUCGUCUCGAAGUCGAAGGGGCUGAAACAACUUCUCUUCGCCUUGCUGAAGAUGGACAUACAGUUCUUUUACCCCAGCCAACCGACGAUCCCAACGACCCUCUAAACUGGUCAUCUCGAAAGAAGCACCUCAUUCUCUUGGUGGUGGCUUGGGCUGCUCUCGUCUCAGAUUUUACAUCUGCUGCUGGUAGCGCUCCGAUCAUUCUUCAAGCAGCAGAAUGGCACAAAUCUCCUAAUUCUGUCAAUCAUAAUAACAGUAUCAACGUUCUCAUGAUGGCUAUCGGCGGUUUGAUCUGGGUUCCAUUGACUUCUAUCAUCGGACGAGCACCGACCUUAUUUUGGUCCACCUUCUUCGGUCUUAUCUUCACCAUUCUUUCCGCCGUGUCAACUUCGUUCGGCAUGUUCUUUGGCGUACGUGCCAUUCAGGGACUAUUUCUCACUUCUGGUCAGACAAUCGCCAUCGCAUUCAUCAAAGACAUUUUUUUCUUCCACGAGCGAGCACGAAAGAUUGGCCUGUGGGCUCUCAUGUACAUAACAUCUCCGUACUGGGGCCCAUUGCUCGCCAACUUUGUCAUCGGAGAAACCCACCAAUGGCAAGAUGCUUUCUGGCUUGGAGUUGGAGUCAACGGGAUUAGCUUGCUUCUCAUCGUGGCUUUUCUCGAUGAGACCUGGUAUAACCGCGACUUGCCCACGUCCCAACAACCACCGCGAGGCCAGGGUAUCUUCUCUCGACUUCUUCGACUUACUGGCGUGUGGCAGAUGAAGCAUCGUUUUGGAUACUUUGAAACUGUUCAUGAUGCUGUCAAGAGAGUCCUGCUCAUCUUGACGAAGCCUGUAAUUCUCCUUGUUCUUAUCGCUUACUUCAUGUGCUUUGCUUGGGCGAUCGGUGUGAACAUUUCAACCGCCAUUCUCUUCGGUCUCCCGCGAGCGAUGGGGGGUUAUGGUUACAGCUUCACUCAGCUUGGAUACCUACACUUUGCUCCUAUUGUCGGCGUUUUCUUGGGUGAGAUCUUUGGUCAUUUCUUCAAUGACUUUCUCACUCGACGCUACGUCCGAAAGCACAAUGGUAUCUUUGAGGCAGAAGCUCGUCUCGUGACCAUCUACAUUUCGGCGAUUCCGAUGAUUGCUGGUCUCGUCUUGAUGGGACAAGCUCUUCACAAGCAUCUUUCUGUCGCUGCAAUCGUCGUGGGGUGGGGUAUGCAUGCUUUUGGGAUCAUGCUUACAUCUGUGGCUGUGGCUUCAUAUCUCUUGGACGCGUACCCAUCUGCGCCUGCAGAGGUCUGUGGUUUGACCAACGUCUUCCGAGCUCUUAGUGGUUUCAGUGUCGGAUAUUACCAGCAGCCUUGGGGAGCCAAUGUUGGUUAUGAUGUGAGCUUCGGAACUCAGGCCAGUAUUGUGGCUACCAGUAUGAUCCUUAUUGUUAUUGUGCAUCGAUUUGGACAUGGGCUCCGAUUGAAGUUCGGCCAAAUUAGGUAA